AUGAGCAGUCAACAAGAACAAAGUUACACACCGUCAUCGACAUUAACCAGUCAAGGGAGCGUCAGCAAUUACACCGCUCAACAGAUUUCUGUUCCAGGAUCUCCGGGUUUGAGCACUGCCAACCAAAGCCUGUACUCGAAUAGCGGCACCACAAGGCACACUCACAGAAACAACUCUUCUACAUGUGGAAAUAUCGGUGAGGAAUCGGCUUCCGGUGAUCUGUACGGAACACUUACUGAUCGGGACAGUCGAAUGGUUUCCAGCAGACAGUGGCAGUUGCGUGUGGUGCCGUCAAAUCAUCGCAACAAGGUUGGGAGUGGAUCAGGGCGAGAAGACUCGGCCAACUACAGUUUAACUUCCAGCAACGAAUCUGCGGAAAAUCAUCGGAAUGUUGAUCCAUCGUUGCCGUCAAUUGAAUAUGCCACAAGUGUUGUAUAA